AUGCUGACUGAAUCACACCGAGGAAGCUCUCAACACUUUUUCACAGUACGGAUACCUAUUCAACUGAACGAACCGCGCGAUGGAACCCAAGCUCUGGACCACAGCAUGGGGAAUAUACAGGCCUCCAGGGGACUCAGGGUAGACAAGGAUCCCGUAGCCUCCCCUGAUGCUUUUUCGAACCCGGCGCCGUUGUCAGCGCACGUGGGAGACGUGCCGGGGAGCGCGCAUGUUGCGGAGGAGGAGGAGGAAGAAAGCCAUGGCGAGGACCUCGAAGAGCGAUAA